UUGGAACUUUUAUAAUGAAAAAAGCCAUUUUACAAUGAAAUGCAACCAUUUUCGUCAAUUUUUCUUUAGAAAUAUGCAAUAAAGACACUAAAAAGGACAGAGGAGAAUUGAUCACUGCGAAGGAUUAAUUAUUAUUUCAAGCAAGAUAUUUUAUUUGGCUUUUACAAUGGCAGAUGAACUGCGAUUAGUGUUAUUAGGAGGAUAUCAGAGUGGUAAGAGUAAUGUGGCACACUCCUUUUUAAAUGUUAAAUGUGAAUCUGACAAAAUAACCACACAGUGUGUGAAGAUGGAAGGAAACAUACAUGGCAGGAAAAUCAUUCUUGUGGACACCCCAGGCUGGUGGAAGUGUUAUCAGUUAUGUGACACCCCAGAGCGUCUGAAAGCGGAGCUUGUUAGGAGCACAAAUAUCUGUCCACCUGGACCUCAUGUUUUCCUCCUGGUGAUGGAAGUUGAUUUUGGUUUCUCAGAGAAGCACAGGAAAGUAGCCGAGAGCCACAUGCAGUUCAUUGGUGAUGACAUCUGGAAUCAAACCAUAAUAGUCUUCACAAAACUCAAACAUUUGGGUGACAAAACUGUAGAGCAAUAUGUAGAACGUGAAGGGGAAAACUUGAACAAGCUUACUCAAAAAUGUGGAAACAGAUAUGUUGGCUUUGACACUAACCUUGAUACAGAUGGCUCCCAGGCGAAGGAAUUAUUUAGGCAGAUAGAGAAACUUGUUGCUGAAAACAAUGGCUGCUUUUUUCAAGUUGAUGCGAGCAGGCUGAUGGAUCUGGAAAUUACAAUGAAAAAUGUGGAAGAGAAAGCAGCUGCCAGAGAACACAAAGUUUUGGAGAAAAGAAGAAAACUGAAAGAAAUUAAAAAUGCAGAUGCAGGAAAUGAUGCUACACCUCUGAAUAUUGUGCUGCUGGGCUGGGUCCUGUCAGGCAAGACAUUAACUGGCAGUGUCAUCUUGGGCACUGACAUUUCAUUUGACAAGACUAUGAAGUGUGUCCGGACAUGUGGAGAAGUGAAUGGACGACAGAUCACUGUGGUGGACACACCAAGCUGGUGGAAAUUCCUUCCGCAACAACUGAACACAGAUUCAGUGAAAACUGAGAUCUUGAAGGCAAUGGAUUCUUCCCCCCAUGCCUUCCUCUUGGUUAUUCCAGCAGACACAUCGUUUUUAGAAGAGCAGUUGGGAGUCAUAUUAGACAACAUGAGACCGCUUGGAGAAAAGGUCUGGAGGCAAACCAUGGUGCUCUUCACAUGGGGAGGAUCAUUAGGAAACAAACCAAUUGAGUACCACAUUGAAAGUGAAGGGGAUGCCCUUGUGAGACUCAUUGAGAUGUGUGGGAACAGAUAUCAUGUGUUUGAGAGCAUGAGAGAGGAUCGCACCCAAGUAAAUCAGUUACUGGAGAAGAUUGAGGAAAUGAUAAUGGAAAGUGCUCUGCUGAAAAGCAAUGAUGAACAUCAGGAAAAGAAAAAGAAGUCUCAAGAAAGAGAAGCCCUAUCGGAGUGGCUUCCAGUUAAGGAUGUAAAAAAAUUACUUAAUGAAGAAUGGGAGAGGAGUGAUGCUAUAAUGAAAGAGAUGUUGAAAACAAUCAGCCCACAAACAGCUGUCAAACGAGGAGAGAGCAUAGAGUUGCCUCUUGAUUUAAGUGGAGAAGCAAUAAAUACAGAAUUAUUUAUCAACAAACACCAGUUAAAAGAUGCACUUGAGAGGGAAUGGAAUCGUCGGGAAGCAGUAGACAGCUCUAGGAUCCAAUAUAAACUAAAAUGCCUGGAUGCCAAUGCAGACAUGUCCUCAUGUGUCGAUGAUGAGGACAUACAGAUGUCUUUGGCUAAAGUGCACGACUGGUAUCAAAGAUAUAACUCAUCAGACUAUGCAAGUGUUUCCAGCUGUGAGGAAUGUGACAAGACUCAACAGGAUAGAGAUUAAUCUUUAAGCUUCUAAGACAUUCUGAUGCAUGUUUCAAUUUUAUUAUUGUCAUGCAGUUAUUACUAUAGUAUGCAUGUCAUUUUCAUAAACAGAUUCUUGCUUUUAUUAUCUUUAAUUUCUUUGAUCAAUAACAGUGUAUUUUUUGUGAAUAGAAGAUGAACUCUGUAUAUAUAUUUACAGUAAUUGAUUCCUUUGAAAUAUCAAUCUCAAUACAAUAAUAAAUGUUUACAGAAAGGCAAAUAAUUUUGUGGAGAUAUUCUGUUAAAUCAUAUGAUCUGUUGGCUUGUAGUUCACUUGACUGUAUUCAGCUAGAUGUCUGUUGUUUGAUUUUCUGGCUGGAGGGGCAGAGGCAAAACUCACAGCUGCGUAAUUCACAUCUGAAUCUCUAAUCUGUUUUUUUUUUUUUUUUAAAUGCACAGCUUUUUUUCUGCUUGAGAACCAAAUCAACAUUUGUAAUAUUUAAAGUAUUAGUAAUAUAUAUAUUAUAGUACAGAAGACAAUUGAAAAAGAAAAUUACCUCACAUGAUGUAUGAUUUGUAGAUCCUUCAAAAUGUACAGACAUUUAGUUAAACUUUGCCAUAUACAUUUGUGAUUGAAUACUUAAAGAGUUUGCACAACAUAUUUGUAUAUUACACUGUAUAAUACUUUUUCUGGAUCAAUAGCCUAUCCAAUUAAACUCUCCUUAACUAAUGUAAAGAGUGGGUGUAAUUUUACCUCUAUGCCUUUUUCCCCAGCGUUUGCAGUGAUCAACAAGGAGUGUGAUAAUUACUAUCACAAAAACAACAUUGGAGGAUA